AAAAUCACACACAUCAAGAUGCGUUCGUUCACCGUUAUUGCUGUGCUGGCGGUCAGCUUCUGCUACGCCCAGGCCGCUGACGAGCCCGCGUCCAAGGAAUCGACCACCGUCGCUGCCGAGGGUGGAAAGACCUACAAACGACUCAUCCCUGCUGACGUUCUGCGAGAUUUCCCCGGAAUGUGCUUCGCCUCGACCAAAUGUGCCACGUUCGAGCCGGGCCAGUCGUGGGAUCUAACUCCGUUCUGUGGUCGCUCCACCUGCGUCCUGUCUGACGAUGCCCAGCCACGUCUGCUGGAGCUGGUAGAGGACUGUGGACCACUGCCACUGGCCAACGACAAGUGCAAGCUGGACACCGAGAAGACGAACAAGACGGCCCCAUUCCCGUCCUGCUGUCCUUCCUUCACUUGCGAACCGGGCGCGAAGCUGGAGUAUCCAGAAAUUAAGACUUCGCCCGAAUCGGCCUCAGAGCAGCCAGCCAAGAACUAAGCGCUAAGCCACGUUUGUAUGUAUGUGGCACUGUUUGUGCUAAGUGCAAUCAGGCCAGUGGCAAGCAAGCUAAAGCAUCUUAAUCUACGCCCCUUUCGAACGGCACGUUUGUGGCGUAAUGGUCCUAUCCUAAGAAUAGAACAAAACAUUUAAAAAAUAACGAAUGCCUCAAAAUAACAUAACCAUAAAAA